CGGCAAAAUAACAAUUUGAGGUUAGGAGAAAAAUUGUUUUUGUUUGGAGGAAGAGAAAAUUGGAAUUUUCGUGCAAAUAAGGUGAAAAAUCGAAUAAAAUGGAUAAGAAAGCAGAGAUUCAGCUACAAAACCCACCGUCUGAUGUAAUUUCCUCCGUGGAAUUUGGCCCCAACUCCAAUCAAUUCCUUGGCGUUGGAAGUUGGGAUUGCACGACCAGGAUUUAUGAUGUGUCCAGCUCGACACUUCGUCAAAAAUUCACUCAGGAUGCUCCUGUUUUAGAUAUUGCUUUCCAGGAUCCCGUGCACAUAGCUACUGGAAGUCUGGACAACCGUCUCAUUGUUUAUGAUCUCAACACUCAGGCGGAAAAGGUCGUGGGGACGCACGACAAUGCUAUAAAGUGUGUGGAGUAUGCGGGGAAGGUUAAUGGAAUCCUCACAGGCAGCUGGGACAAGACGAUAAAGCUGUGGGAUCCGCGAGAGGAGCAGUGUGUUGGGACGUAUGAGCAGAGCAAUGGAAAAGUAUAUUCCAUGGCGGUGAUGGAUGAGAAAAUUGCUGUAGCAACUUCCGAUAGAAAGGUCCUCAUUUGGGAUUUGCGAAAUAUGGGGCAGUACCAAAUGCGACGCGAAUCCUCCUUGAAGUUUCAAACGCGUGCUAUUAAGAUCUUCCCGAGUAAGGAGGGGUACGUCAUGAGUUCCAUUGAAGGACGUGUUGCUGUGGAAUACUUUGAUACGGAUGCCGAAGUGCAAAAGAAGAAGUUCGCCUUCAAAUGCCACCGAUGCAAGGAGAACAAUGUUGAACUCAUUUAUCCCGUAAAUGCCAUCACCUUCCACAAUGUCUAUCAUACCUUUGCAACUGGAGGCUCCGAUGGUUUUGUGAACAUUUGGGAUGGUUUCAACAAGAAGCGCCUCUGCCAAUUUCACCACUAUGACACCUCUAUUGCAUCUCUGGCAUUCAGUCACGACGGAAGUACCCUGGCUAUUGCCUGCUCAUACCUCGAUGAAUUGGAGAAGGUGCCUGAUCCCCUUCCGGAACCCACAAUCUACGUACGAUACGUCAAUGAGCAGGAAACUAAACCCAAAUAGCGUGAGCAUUUUUUUCUCAUUCAUUUUUAUUUUAAUAUUUGUCAAUUUCGAUUGAUUUGGUGAAAUUGAUAAUAAAAUUAUAAAAAAAAAUAAUUGAAGCUAAAUUCUUUCUUUAAAUAAGAAGAAAGUGAUUUUAUUCUUCACACCAUUUUACACAAUGAGGCGCUUUUCUUUUGUUGAAUACGUUGAAUAGGUACUCACAGGUGUUCUAAUUAGUAUUUAAGAUGGGAUAUUAUUAGCCCUAAAUAUCCCACAUAAUAUAUAAUAGAGGAUUUCCACGAUGCUCAAGAGUGAUGAACCCAGGAAUAAUCCAGCAAUUCCUCCAAAUGCAACUGAAAUAUUAAUAAUGCGAAAGUAUACGCGCGGAGGACUAUGUGUAUAUCUCAACGUCAACACUCAAGUGUCUUAUUAAUUGCUCCAUUAAAUAUUUAAAGACAAUGGAAAAUCUUGUAACGAAAUUAGGAUGUUGUGGGACGAGUACAAGCAAGAGAGAGGCUGAAAAGUGCCUCUUUAGGGAGGGUUUUAAGCUCCAAUCCAUCACCCAAACCAGAAAUACCAUCAUGGUAUACCUUUCUCUACUUAUAUAUCUUACUUAGGUAGAUAUAUGAAUUGUCUACACCACCAAUAAAUGCCGAUAUAUGUUUGGAAUUGAAAAAUCUUUCAGGAAAUAUUUUCACUGUCGAACGAAUCAACCAACAUGCUUAAUUUCGUGGUUUUGCGGCAACACAUUUAGCAAGCAGAUUUUUCUCGAUUAUUACUGUGCGUACAGCAGUGGGAAUGGGGGGCGUCAUGGUGAGAUAUCUUAACAAUAGGGACAUUAAUUAAUGAAAAUCUCACCCCCACCCUCCCACAGCAUGCACAGAAAUUGAAAUAAUGAACUCCCCAAGUCACACAGAACAUCAUUAAUCAUCUUCCGGCAUUUUGAGAGUUGCUAAAGAUUUUUGGGUUGAUUUUUUUUGCGCUUGAAAAAUUUCCCAAUUAAAUAAUUAUACAAAUGAAGUGAAAGAAUAAAUUAACAUUAUGCUUUUCGGUGCUCCCUUAACGCCAUACACACACACACUACACCCCUACGGGGGGUGCAUUAAAGUGUACCACUUGCCACAGGUUGGUAAACC